AGGUCCUCUCUGCCUGCGGACAUUCCGGUAACCUCGUUCACCGCAGUGCGAGGUACAGUCAGUGCCCGGCAGCAUGUGCUCUCUGUUCCUAUCUUGUACAGUCCUCGUCACGACUAUCAUCGUCUCACCGCAAGCAGUUCACUUGCAACGUGCUGUCAGAGUCCCAUCGCAGUACACCAGAUCUACUGCUUAUUUCUUCUCUCCUGAUAGCAAAUAUUCUCAGAGUUACUCGGGGUCAUAUAACUACAAUGUGCAGACGCGGCCUAAUUAUGAUCGCUCCCACAUUGUGCCUGUGCGGGCUUCAAACCCAACAAAGGCCGCGGAACCAGUGCAGUCUCAAAAUUCCGGCAAGAACAACAAUCCGUUGCUUGAGUUUCUCAGCCCGAGUGGAUUAAGGAUAACAUUUCCAGGACCAUAUAGCAAGAGCUCAGUUUAUCUGCUGAAGUUCCACGUAAACAUAAACCACGAGUUCAACGGGGUGAAGAGAGGAGACUGGAACGAGGAUGUGACGCUCCUUAGCGGCUCUACCUGGAGUCACACAUUUCCUGACAUCAAGCUGAACUCAGGGGACAUCGUGUACUACUGGGUGGAGGUCAAGGGUCAAGAUGGGGCGAGGUUGUGGUUCAGAGAAUAUAAGGGCUUCUAUCACGUUCCAAGAAGCCAUUCAACGACAGAAACCCAGCAACAACCGAUGACCCCAGAAAUACAAUCGAGACCGUCACAACAGUCGAUGCCUUCAAAACAGCCUGCACCUCCACAACAGCCGGUACCCCCACGAAAGCAGCUGAGUUCUGCACAACAGACAACCACACUUAACCGACAAACAAUAUCAGUUCCACAACAACCUCCAGUUCUUCUGGCAGGGAAACCUGUGUCAGUGCCUGUCUCUAACGUGAAGACCGACUCUCCUGCUGUACCAGAUACUAUGACUGAUCCUAACACUAGCCAGAACACGAUGGAGUGUCUGAUGUCAGAGACAACAUACAACCAUGGCAAGAAACCUUGCGGCGGACAACCUGUCGUGUCCAGGUUCGAGUUCAACACCAUCGAGCAGAUCGGCGGGUAUGAACCAGAGGACAAAUUCACAGUGUUCUCCCACAACAACAUCGUAAAGAAUGUCUCCAACUACAACACCGCAGUCGACACAAUCACUCCUGUGCUCCUGGAGGACAGAUACGGCCCAAACUUUGUGGACAGGAGUCUGAGACUGCAAGAUUGCACCUCCAAGGAUCCUAGCCUCUGUAAUGUGCGAGCGAUGGGCUACUUCAUCUUGCCCCCGGUCGUCUCCGGCCGCGAGACCACGGAAAAUACUGUAUUUUUCCGCUAUGGUACCCUGGAAGUGAUCGCAAAACUUCCCUCAGGCGACUGGGUCGUUCCAGAGUUGUGGUUGCUUCCUAAGGACCGUAUUUACGGGGACAAAUCUGGAAGAAUAGUUAUGGCACUGUCUCGCGGUAAUCAGCAGCUGACUGACGGUGUGCAGGACUACAGUAACAGGGUAUUAGAGGCUGGUGUAGAAACCAGUUCUGGCCGUCAGAUGUUCCGUAUUGAGCAGUCUUAUCCGUGGUCGGAUGACUAUCACAAGUUCAAGCUAGUCUGGACUCCUGAUAAGUUGCAGUUUUUCGUCGACAAUAGGGAGAUAGGAAGAAUACAACCGGUUGGAAACAGGAUCGAUCCAUUCCUACAGGAAUCUACCAAAAUGGCCCCUUUUGAUCAGGAGUUUUACCUCGUUUGCGGCGUUCACGUAGGUGGGGAAAAAGAUUUUCCUGAUUCAUUAAUCGGAAAACCGUGGGAGAACAAGGACCCGAAGAACAAAGUACACUUUUGGAGGGCUCGAGAGAAGUGGAAAUCAACUUGGACCGAAGACACUGCCCUUCAUGUUGCAGGGAUUACACUGACCUCAUUAAAGUCUUAGCACACGAAUAGUGAAAAUUGUAUCGAAAUGUAUUAUAUGUAUAUAGUUUUAGUUUAAUAAUUAAGUAAUAAAAUAUACUAAUGUUAGAUGUA